UAGUAGCUCUCUUUCUAUGAUCCCCUACGUGCUCACCACACCCCCCUUUAUCUGAAAAGUUUUAGAUUAAUCAGUAUAUGUGUGGAACAAAACAAAUCACGACGACUGUGUAUUUGUGUAGCCAAGGUGUUAAAAGUGUCCGAUUUUAAAAUUCCUUGGCCUUUAUAAGUUAAAAUGGCAAACGAAGAACAACCACCUAAAAAUAUGAUGACUACUACUGAUUCUUGUAAGAUUUAUGAAGAUAUGUCUGGUUUCUACCGGAAAGAGGUGUUUUCUGACGUUAAUUUAAUCUUAUGUGAUAAAACCAUCCCCGCACACAAAAUAGUUCUCGCUAUCGGAUGUAAAUAUUUUGAAUCCAUUUUAAUCGAAAACCCCAAACAAUCGGAGAUCAUUCUAGAGGAUGUACCGUCAAAAGCUUUUGAAGCAGUUUUGCUUUAUAUUUAUACCGGAUCUGUUUUAGUCGAAAUGUCAUAUGGAGACGACCUAUUCGACGUAAUCCAAUUGGCACGUAAAUACUCGCUAAAAUCAUUAGAAGACACAUUAUACGAAAAAACCGUUUCUAUUAUGUGCCCAUCAAACAUAUGUUUAUUUCUGAAUAAAUCCAACGAACUCCAGAUGGAUGAGUUGAAACAAAUAUGUCUUCUUUUUAUAGACAGCAAUCUUUCAAAAAUUCUGGGGACAAAUUUGCUGAAUGUUCUAACACAGAAAUCCAUGGUUCAACUGCUGGAGAGAGAUUGCUUCCCUGCCCACGAAACCGAAAUUUUUGAAAUAGCAGCAAGCUGGUGCGGAAGCAAUACAGAUGUUAAUAACUUAGUUUCUGGAUGUGUUAAAUUGACUAAAUUAACGAUAGACGAACUUUUCAAUGUUGUUUGGCCCUCUAAAAUAAUAGAGAGCGAGCGGUUACUGAAUGCUCUCGUGAGCAUUCGAAAUAACAGUACAAAUACGGCACAUUUAAUAAAUAAAAAUAUUGCGGUAGCAGCGUACAACGCUAAAGUAAUUUCCGGAAUAAAGACGUUAAAGUUACUGGAAGGAACUGAAAACGAGGACGAAGGUGCUCGUCACGACCAGAAUGAUGUAAAUGGCAUUACUUUAGACCUUGGUCUAAAUAGAUCGUUUAAUCACGUAAAAUUGAAGAUGUUAGGAAUAUUUUAUAGCUCUUACUAUCUAGAAACUUCAUUUAACCAACGAAAGUGGUACAAACUAAUUGACUAUAGUCAGUAUGCGUGUAGUUAUGAACAGAAUUUGUAUUUUGAUGGAGUACAACAAGCUAGGUACAUUCGAGCAGUCUUUUCAAAGCUAAUUCCACUUGGUAAAUUUGAAGUUUCCUUCGACAGCACAGUUCCUGAAGUACAUAACCAUAUUAUAUAUCCAUCAUCAAACGUUAUAUAUUCUGAAACCAAAAUAUUUAUGUGGGAAGGACGUUGUGAUAAGUUCCCCUUAGUGCUGGUUUUAGAUCAACCAUACAUGAUUUCGUACAUGAAAGUUAUGUUACGAUUUUAUAAACAUGUUGAGAGAAUAGAAACCUCUGUGGAUUAUAGAAACUGGCAGACAGUUGAAAGCUUGACAACUGAAACACCAAAAAAAAGCAGCAGGCGUCAAACUUUUCGUUUUAAAGAAAGAAUAGUUAAUGUCAUUAAAAUUAUGGGUGAUAUUUCUUCUAAUAAGACAUCGAGCAACUUCAAGGAGUUUUUGGCAGAUUUUCGAUGUUAUUAUGUAAGAAAUGACGGAAAGUAG